AUGAAAUUCACCGUCCUCGCUACAGCCCUGCUGGCUACGUUUCUGCCAGCCGCCCAAGCUGACUUCGAUAUCUUCAAAGUCGAUCACAAAAAAGGAGGUUUCGUGUUGGAGUCGUGGCAGAUCUGGGAUCGAAAUCAGCCAAACACUUGCAGCUCAGUCUUUGAUCGGGAGUUUUUCCCUGACACAUACGAUGCCAGCGGUAGUAAGACUGGCGUCCGUUGCAGGGGAGCGUGCGGUUUCCUGGGCCCUACUCGAGAUAUCACGCAGCUGGAGAUGAACUUCCGUCACAAAGCUCCAGUGUACCAUUGGACCAUUUACAAAGACCGCAACUACGGCAUGUAUGGACUCGACGGAAAGAAAUAUGGUGAUUGCUACGUCAUUACAGGCAACGACUACGAUUGCAAGCGUAAAAUAAACCUUGGGUUACAAAGUGAAUCAGUUCAUGGAUACCGCAAGUUUCACUGCAAGACCAGCUUCACGGCCGGGAAGAUUUUGGGCCUCUAG